UGAAACUGGAGCACAGUGGCAGGUUUGCAGGAGUCUCGCUGGAUCUGAAGGACUGGGAGAGAAGUAUCGCGGGGGUCAACCAAAGGUCAAUACUUUUGAAAUUAAAAGGGGUGUCGGGCUGGUAACACCCACCACGCUUCCCAGGCUCAGUUAUCAUCAGGGGUUCAGUCUCUACAAGAACAACCUGCUCCGAUCCCCAACAAAAUUCCAGUUCAACGCGUGGGUCGCAAAGAGGAACCAUGAGAUCCGGAUAGUUUUUUUCCAUUCAGUUGACACACAGCACCGCGCCGAUGCCAUGCCAUUCACGAACAUCCCAGAAUUUGGAAAGAUUUUUCUGAUUUGAGGAGGACUGUGAAGGGUAAACUGCAUGAGACGACCCGAAAAAAGAUUGGAUGCAAAUAUGUAUAUUUAAGGUAACCGUGUCGUCCUGUAUUUGUUGAGUAUUUUUGUCAAAGCGUAUUCGGCAAACCGUCUUCAAAGUUUAAGCUGAAGAGGAAGCAAUUAGAAAAUCUCCUCAGGACCUGCUAUAUCAUCUCAACGGAUUACCGACAGCACAGUCCUCUUAAACUGAAUGCACAAAAGGAAUUAAAUCAUUGAAAUUGCUCCCUCGUUGGAUAAGAACAGUUUGCACUUCAAAUCAAUAGAAGCUUCAUAUGCUGAUGGCUCAAAGGUACGAAGACCUUGCCCACUAUGGUGGCGGUAUGGACGGAGUUGGGGUUCCGACGUCGAUGUACGGGGACCCACACGCGCCUCGGCCCCUGCCGCAGGUUCACCACUUAAACCACGGGCCGCCGCCACAUGCCAACCAACACUACGGGGCUCAUGUACCACACAGCAUCAUGCCCAGCAGCAUGGGCUCAGCUGGCAACGAUGCACUUAAAAGAGACAAGGACCAAAUUUAUGGGCACCCGUUAUUUCCCCUGCUGGCGCUGGUGUUUGAGAAGUGUGAGCUGGCCACAUGCACGCCGAGAGAACCCGGUGUCGCUGGAGGAGAUGUGUGCUCAUCUGAUUCCUUCAACGAGGACAUCGCUGUGUUUGCCAAACAGAUACGGGCGGAGAAGCCGUUAUUUUCUUCUAAUCCAGAGUUGGACAAUUUGAUGAUUCAGUCAAUACAAGUAUUACGGUUCCAUCUUUUAGAACUUGAAAAGGUGCACGAGCUUUGCGACAACUUUUGUCAUCGGUAUAUAAGCUGUUUGAAGGGUAAAAUGCCCAUUGACCUGGUAAUUGAUGAACGGGAUGGAUGCAAGUCCGACUUCGACGACCUCUCUGGAUCCUCGACAAAUCUCGCAGAUCACAAUCCAGUAUCCUGGAGAGACAUGGAUGACGCUCACUCUACUCCCUCGGUCGGUACCCCAGGACCCUCCAGUGGGGGACAUGCCUCUCAGAGUGGAGAUAACUGCAGUGAACUAGGAGAUGGUUUGGAUAACAGCUUGGCAUCUCCGGGAACAGGGGAUGAGGACGACCAGGACAAGAAGCGACAGAAGAAGCGAGGAAUCUUCCCGAAAGUGGCGACCAACAUUAUGCGGGCGUGGCUCUUCCAGCAUCUCACACACCCGUACCCAUCCGAAGAACAGAAAAAGCAGCUCGCGCAGGACACAGGUCUCACCAUUUUACAAGUGAAUAACUGGUUUAUCAAUGCUCGAAGAAGAAUUGUGCAGCCAAUGAUUGAUCAGUCUAACAGAGCAGUAAGUCAAGGAACCGCUUACAGCCCUGACGGUCAACCUAUGGGUGGCUUUGUGUUAGACGGACAACAGCACAUGGGUCUUCGGCCAGGCGGUCCCAUGGGAGGUAUGGGUAUGAACAUGGGUAUGGAUGGACAGUGGCACUACAUGUAAACUCCUCCCCCCUUCCAAAACCAUAACGUCUUGAUGGUGGCCUCAGGAAUAUUCCCUGUGCUCACACGAAACGAGGAGUGAGUCCACAUCACAUUCGUCCGCAUCUGAUCACCCCCUCUCGCACGGCACCUUAAGCCCAGUCGCCUCCUCUCUACACAGGACCUCCCAAAUCUCUUACUGACCCCUCAUCAACUGGCCAAAGUAAUGUCUACAGGAGCACCGACAUUAAAAACAGACAAACUUGAAGCAUUUGUGCCAAAAGAGAGACUUCUGAAAAGACAAUUGGAGAUCUUUUCUUUUUAAAUUAUUUAUUUAUUCUUGUUACCGUCAAGAAGCACGGGGACCACACCAUUUGUGCACUUUUGCUCAACUUAAUGGCCGCCCCCCAGAUGCAACUAUUCCAUACCUCCUCACACACAGGUGCACGUACACUUAUUAAAUGCAUUUGUCCUGAAAAACACAACUGUGGAAUAUGGUAUUCGAUGCUAAGAGCCCUCAAGAACUCUAAAAUGUGAGUGUAUAUGAUGAGAUUUUUUUCUUUUCUUUAGGGAAAUGUUCUCUGUUUGGGUUUGUGUCAUUGACUAGUUUUUAGACUUUUACAUUUAUGAUUCUACAAAGUAAAAAAUGUGUUUAAGAGGGAAAGGAAACCACUCUAAGGGGUUCACAGCAUUAUUGUGGCACAUAUCUAACAAAAAGUCCAAUAUCUGAAGCAACAAUGUCUUCCCAACAAGAGAUGUUUUGAAAGGCAUCACUGAGGAAAUGAGUUGUCUGUCUAUUAUUUGUUGAAUCGGGAUGGAGAGAGCAACAGUGCUCUUGUAAAGCUAAGUGUGCCUGGAGGAGUUUUAAAACCACUAGAGAUGUUCCAUUGUACAUAAUUAUGUAAAUGUUAUUUGAAAAACACAUCAAUGUCAAAUAGGCAUUCAGUCGAGAUCCUUUAAGAAUGGGAUAAUGUUGUACAUUUUGCUUGGUUCUCACUCUUGGGUUUUCUCUAUGGAAAAAAAAGUCGAUUAUAUGUUUGUUAAUGUACUGAUAAGUUUGAUCGAUCCUCCCGCUCAGUCCAUUUCCUUUUAGAAGUCUUUUAAACGCAGUACAGUAUUUCUACACAGUCAAAAGUCGAAUUCUUUUAAUAAAUGCUUCAUUUUCA